UUAGGGGUAGCCUCUGGCUCAACCGGGGGCCAGGUCGAGGGAUCGACCACCUCCUCAGGGUCUCGACCAGAUCCGCAACCGCGGUCGCCUCCACGAGAGACCCCCUUACCCCCGCCCCCGCCACCGGGGCCACAGCAACCUCAAAAACAACAGAAACAACUACCACAACAACAGCAGCAGCAGAAACAACCACAUCAACAACAACAGCAGCCCUCCAAGACCCCGCAAGGGCGAUCUUCCUUGCUCCCUCCUGAGAAGAACCCCCAGCACAAAUCUGACUCCCAAUCAACCUCCAAGUCCUCGACCUCCUCGAAAACCAUCGACCACCAACACAAAUCCGAUGAUCGCCUAAAAACCACUGACCGCCAUCAGAAAUCAGACGACCGCUCACAGAAGACAG